AUGGGUGCUGAAGUUGACGUGAGCUUUGAUUGUGCUGGUUUGAGCAAAACUAUGUCGACUGCUCUUAGUGCUACUCGUGCUGGUGGUAAAGUUUGCCUAAUUGGAAUGGGCCACAACGAGAUGACUGUUCCCCUUACUUCAGCCGCAGCAAGGGAGGUUGAUAUCGUCGGCAUCUUUCGCUAUAAAGACACUUGGCCUCUAUGCCUUGAGUUCCUCCGAUCUGGAAAGAUUGAUGUAAAGCCGCUGAUAACUCAUAGGUUUGGGUUCUCUCAGAAGGAGGUUGAGGAAGCUUUUGAGGUCAGCGCUCGCGGCAGUGAUGCAAUCAAAGUUAUGUUUAAUCUUUAGACUAUGAGCUAAGGUGUGCUUAAAGAGUGUAGCAGAGUAAGUCUCCCUUUGAUAUAGAAAUAAGAAUAAGUGGGUAUCGUGUUAAUUAUUAUCUGGAAACAUAUGUAACUGAGGAGUGGCUUUUGUUCGAAAGCUGGAACUCUCUUAUGGUAUGUAUUGUGCUCUUCUAGUCCUGUUUGAUAUUUUACUGGUUUUUCAUCUCAUAAUGAUGUUGCUGUUUACCCAUGGUCA